GAUGGCGGAGGUGGAGGAAGUGACCGAAGGGUGUAACCUCCCCGUCUUGCGCCGUAACCAAGAAAACGAGGACGAGUGGCCACUGGCUGAAAUCCUGAGUGUUAAAGACAUCAAUGGCCGAAAACUUUUCUAUGUUCACUAUAUUGAUUUUAACAAGCGGCUGGACGAAUGGGUCACUCACGACCGGCUGGACCUAAAGAAGAUCCAGUUCCCAAAGAAGGAAGCCAAGACCCCCACCAAGAACGGGCUGCCGGGAUCCCGGCCCAGCUCCCCGGAGCGUGACGUGACCUUGGAUCUACAACCAGCCACUCCAUCCAGCGGUAAAACCCUACCCAUCCCGGUGCAGAUAACCCUCCGUUUUAACCUAUCUAAAGAGAGGGAGGCCAUCCCUGGCUCGCCCGACCAAGCCCUCUCCUCCAGCUCCUGCGUCCAGCCAAACCAUCGUUCCACGAAACGGAAAGUGGAGGUGGUCUCUCCAGCAACCCCCAUCCCCGUUGUGACCGAGACGACACAGGCUUCGGUUUUUCCCCAGAAUGGCUCCGCCCGCCGAGCUGUGGCCGCCCAGCCGGGCCGGAAGAGAAAGUCCAACUGUCUUGGGACAGAUGAGGAUUCCCAGGACAGCUCGGACGGGAUCCCCUCGGCGCCCCGCAUGACGGGCAGCUUGGUCUCCGACCGCAGCCACGAUGACAUCGUCACCCGCAUGAAGAACAUCGAAUGCAUCGAACUGGGGCGCCACCGCCUGAAGCCCUGGUACUUUUCGCCGUACCCGCAGGAGCUCACCGCCCUGCCCGUCGUCUACCUCUGCGAAUUCUGCCUUAAGUAUGUCAAGAGCCUUAAGUGCCUCCAGAGGCAUCUGAUGAAGUGUGACUUAAGGCACCCGCCAGGCAACGAAAUCUACCGUAAAGGAACCAUCUCUUUCUUUGAGAUUGACGGCAGGAAGAACAAGAGUUAUUCUCAAAAUCUUUGCCUCCUGGCGAAAUGCUUCCUCGAUCACAAGACCCUCUAUUACGACACGGAUCCCUUCCUUUUCUACGUCAUGACCGAGUACGACAGCAAAGGCUUCCACAUCGUCGGCUAUUUCUCCAAGGAAAAAGAAUCCACCGAAGAUUAUAACGUGGCGUGCAUUCUGACAUUACCCCCUUACCAAAGACGGGGUUACGGCAAGCUGCUGAUUGAAUUCAGUUACGAGCUGUCCAAGGUGGAAGGAAAGACGGGCACGCCGGAAAAACCCCUCUCGGAUUUGGGGCUUUUGUCGUACCGCAGCUACUGGUCUCAGACCAUCCUGGAGAUCCUGAUGAACCUCAAGCUGGAGAACGGCGAGCGCCCACAGAUCACCAUCAACGAGAUCAGCGAAAUCACGAGCAUCAAAAAAGAAGACGUAAUCUCUACGCUUCAAUAUCUGAAUCUCAUCAAUUAUUAUAAGGGCCAAUAUAUUUUAACACUCUCCGAGGACAUUGUGGACGGGCACGAGCGGGCGAUGCUGAAGCGGAUUCUGCGCAUCGAUUCCAAGUGUUUACAUUUCACCCCCAAGGACUGGAGUAAGAGGGGGAAGUGGUGAUUCCCAAAGCCCGGCCCUUCGAACUGGCAGAGGGG